CGAUAACUCCGGGACGACUUGGUCAGCGGCACAACAUCUAUUCAGCGUGCCGGACACACGCUGUUUAUUUAGCCCGGCUGUGGACAAUGGCUGGAGUUUCGCCUGGACUGAGGUGGCGCGCCUCGUGGAUUUUAUUGUUUUCCCUGUUUAUCCACUACACAACAGCUCAAGAUGAUGUGCCGCCCUACUUUAAGACGGAGCCGGUGCGGAGCCAGUUGCACCUGGAGCGUAACAGGCUGGUGUUGACAUGUAUGGCGGAGGGGAGCUGGCCCCUGGAGUUCAAAUGGAUCCAUAAUGGCACUGAGCUCACACGGUUCUCAUUGGAGUACAGGUACCUGAUUCCCUCCCUGGACCGUUCCCAUGCUGGCUUCUACCGAUGUAUCGUCAGGAACCGUGUAGGAGCCUUACUACAGAGGAGGACUGAAGUACAGGUGGCAUUCAUGGGCAGUUUUGAAGAGGGUGAGCGUGCCCAGUCGGUCUCUCAGGGGGAGGGGGCGGUUGUUCCCGCUCCACGCAUCAGGAGCUUUCCCCAGCCGCAGGUCACAUGGUUCAGAGACGGACGCAAGAUUCCGCCCAGCAGCCGCAUAGCCAUUACCCUGGACAACACUCUGGUCAUCCUGUCCACGGUGGCCCCUGAUGCUGGACGCUACUAUGUACAGGCGGUCAACGACAAGAACGGGGAAAACAAGACCAGCCAACCCAUCACCCUGUCUGUUGACAAUGUGGGUGGUCCUGCAGACCCUAUCGCCCCCACCAUAAUCAUCCCCCCCAGGAACACCAGUGUAGUGUCAGGCACGUCUGAAGUCACCAUGGAGUGUGUCGCCAACGCCAGACCCCUGAUCAAACUCAGCAUCACAUGGAGGAAGAACAGGGUUCUUGUCACCAGUGGUCUGAGUGACUUCAACCGCAGACUGACCAUUAUCAGCCCUGUGGUCAGUGACUCAGGGUUCUAUGAGUGUGAGGUGGUCCUCCGCAGCAGCAGUGUGCCUUCUGUCAACGCUGGGGCCUACCUACAUGUUCAAGAGCCUCCCCAGUUUGUGAAGGAACCAGAGAAACACAUUACUGCCGAGAUGGAGAAAGUGGUGGAUAUCCCCUGCCAGGCACGAGGUGUGCCUCAGCCAGACAUUGUGUGGUAUAAGGAUGCGGUGCCCAUCAGUCCGGUGAAGACCCCGAGGUACAGGGUGUUGGUGGGAGGCAGUCUGCAGGUCAACGGCCUUCUGCCCGAUGACACAGGGAUGUUCCAGUGUUUCGCCCGGAACCUGGCUGGAGAGGUGCAGACCAACACCUACCUGGCUGUCACUAGCAUCGCCCCUAACAUCACAGCUGGGCCAUCCGACAGUACAGUGAUUGAUGGCAUGUCAAUCAUCCUCCACUGUGAAACAUCAGGAGCUCCCAGACCGGCCAUCACCUGGCAGAAAGGUGAGCGUGUCCUGGCCAGUGGUUCUGUCCAGCUGCCCAGGUUCACCCUGCUGGAGUCAGGCAGCCUGCUCAUCUCUCCCUCCCACUUAUCAGAUGCUGGCACCUAUACCUGCAUGGCCAGCAAUUCCCGGGGCAUAGACGAGGCUGCUGCUGACCUGUUGGUGUGGGCUCGUACACGUAUCAACACUCCCCCUCAGGACCAGAGUGUCAUCAAAGGCACCAAGGCCACCAUGACCUGUGGAGUUACACACGACCCCAGUGUCACCGUUAGGUAUGUAUGGGAGAAGGAGGGCUCGGUCAUCAACGCCCAGUCUAUCCCCCGUAUCCGGCUGGACUCUGAUGGUACCCUUCACAUCUCCCAGACCUGGUCAGGUGACAUCGGGACCUACACCUGCAGGGUCACCUCUGUAGGGGGCAACGACUCACGCAGCGCACACCUCCGAGUCAGGCAGCUGCCCUAUGCCCCAGAGAACCCUGUGUCUCUGCUGAGCUCCUCAGAGAAGAGGGCCAUCAACCUGACAUGGGCCAAACCCUUUGACGGGAACAGCCCCCUAAUCCACUACGUCCUGGAGGUCUCAGAGAACAACGCUCCCUGGGCUAUCCUCCUGGCCAACAUAGAGCCUGAGUCGACCGCGGUGACAGUCAGUGGGCUGAUCCCAGCACGCUCCUACCAAUUCCGCCUGUGUGCCGUCAAUGACGUGGGAAAGGGACAGUUCAGCAAGGAGACUGACCGUGUAUCUCUACCAGAGGAACCUCCCAGUGCUCCUCCCCAGAACGUGAUCGCCAGCGGCCGCACCAACCAGUCCAUCAUGAUCCAAUGGCAGCCCCCACCAGAGAGCCACCAGAACGGGAUCCUCAGAGGCUACAGCGUCCGGUACCGUCUGACAGGUCUUCCAGUGGACUACCAGAGUAAGAACAUCUCCAAACCAGACGUGACCAACCUUCUCCUGGAAGAUCUUAUCAUCUGGACCAAUUAUGAGAUCGAAGUGGCAGCCUACAACUGGGCGGGGCUAGGAACCUUCAGCCACAAGGUCACUGAGUGGACAUUGCAAGGAGUGCCGACUAUAGCCCCCAGUAACGUUCAGGCAGAGGCUGUCAACUCCACAACCAUCCGUAUCACCUGGGCCGCCCCUAACCCUCAGUUCAUCAACGGGAUCAACCAGGGAUACAAGCUGUUGGCAUGGGAGCCAGGUCAGGAAGAGGAGGUCACCAUGGUUACAGUGAGACCUAACUUCCAGGAUAGCGUGCAUGUGGGCUACGUGACAGGGCUGAAGAAGUUCAGAGAGUACUACACCUCUGUGCUUUGUUUCACUACGCCAGGGGAUGGCCCCCGCAGCCCUGCUAAAGGCCUUAGGACACAUGAGGACACUCCUGGGGCUGUGGGUCACCUGAGCUUCACAGAUAUCCUAGACACGUCUCUCAAAGUGAGCUGGAGAGAACCUGGAGAGAAGAAUGGAGUCCUCACAGGCUACCGUAUCUCGUGGGAGGAGUUUAACCGCACCAACACACGGGUGACCCACUACCUCCCCAACGUGACCCUGGAGUACCGCGUCACAGGGCUGACCGCCCUCACCACCUACACCAUCGAGGUGGCCGGCAUGACCUCCAAGGGUCAGGGACAACUGUCCUCCUCCACCAUCUCUUCUGGAGUACCUCCAGAGCUGCCUGGUCCUCCCACCAACAUGGCCAUCUCCAACAUCGGCCCUCGAUCCAUCACCCUCCAAUUCAAACCUGGCUAUGAUGGAAAGACCUCCAUCUCUCGCUGGCAGGUAGAGGCCCAGGUCAGUGUGAUAGGAGACAAUGAAGACUGGGUGAUUGUUCACCAGCUGCCCAACGAGCCUGAUGCCCGCUCCAUGGAGGUGCCAGGACUCAACCCAUACACUUUCUACAGGUUCCGUAUGCGUCAGGUAAACAUUGUGGGGACCAGUCCUCCAAGUCAGCCCUCCAGAAAGAUCCAGACCUUGCAGGCCCCUCCAGACAUGUCCCCCGCAAAUGUCACCCUGCGCACGGCCAGCGAGACCAGUCUGUGGCUUCGAUGGGUGCCCCUACCAGAGUGGGAGUACAAUGGAAACCCAGAUCUGUUGGGUUACCGGCUCCAGUACUCCCGUACAGGCUCCCAGGGUAAGGCACUGACCCAUGUGAUAGCUGACCGGCUGGAGAGGGAGUUCACUAUCGAGGACCUGGAGGAGUGGACAGAGUAUGAGGUCAGGGUUCAGGCUCUCAACGGUAUCGGGGCAGGGCCCUGGAGCCAGCCAGUCAGAGGGAGGACCAGGGAGUCUGUCCCCUCCUGUGGCCCUACCAACAUGUCAGCCUUCGCCACCACCUCCAGCAGUAUCCUGGUGCGCUGGUUUGAAGUACCAGAACAAGACCGGAAUGGACUUAUCUUGGGCUACAAGGUGUUGUAUAAGGAGAAGGACUCCGACUCGUCCCUCCAGUUGUGGACAAUAGAGGGGAACGCCAGCCACAGUGUCCAGCUGACUGGUCUGGGGAAAUAUGUCCUUUAUGAGAUCCAGGUCCUGGCCUUCACCCGCAUCGGAGACGGCAUGCCCAGCUCACCACUCAUACUGGAGAGGACCCUGGACGACGUGCCCGGCCCUCCAGUGGGCAUCCUGUUCCCUGAGGUCCGGACCACCUCAUUGCGUCUCAUCUGGCAGUCCCCGUCUCAGCCAAACGGCAUUAUCCUGGCCUAUCAGAUCACGUAUCGUUUGAACUCGAGCAACAGCAACACGGCCACAGUGGACGUGCUGAACCCGAGUGCUCGUCAGUACAUGGUGACGGGCCUGAAAAAAGAUUCCAUGUAUGUGUUCCGCAUCACAGCCCAGACACGCAAGGGCUGGGGAGAGGCCUCAGAGGCACUGGUGGUCACCACCGAGAAGAGAGCUCGCCCCCAGCCCACCAAUCGUCCCAUGGUGCCCCAGAAGGAUGUUCAGGCCCGCAGUGUGUUGUUGUCAUGGGAACCAGGCAGCGAUGGCCUCUCUCCGGUCCGCUACUACACCGUGCAGCUGAGAGAACUGCCCGACAGCAACUGGACUAUCCACUCUGCCUCGGUCACCCACGAGGCCAGCUCCUACAUAGUUGGCAGGCUGAAGCCCUUCACCUCCUACCAGUUUCGAGUGAAGGCCACCAAUGACAUAGGAGACAGUGAAUACAGCGAGGAGAGUGAAGCUAUCACGACACUACAGGACGCCCCUGACGAAGCCCCCACAAUCCUCUCUGUCACGCCACACACAACUACAUCUGUGCUGAUUCGCUGGCAGCCUCCGUCUGAGGAGAAGAUUAACGGUAUCCUCCUGGGCUUCCGGAUACGGUACCGGGAGCUCCUGUACGACCGUCUCCGCAGUUUCUCCGUACUCACUGCCAACAGCCCCUCUGCUACCUGGGCCGAGCUCACCUCCCCCUACAGCGUGCGAAACCUGAGCGAGUCCUCUCUCACCCAGUAUGAGCUGGAUAACCUGAGCAAACACAAGCGCUAUGAGAUCAGGAUGAGUGUUUAUAAUGUCAUGGGGGAGGGACCAACUAGCACACCACAGGAAGUGUUUGUCGGAGAGGCAGUACCCACUGCCCCACCCCAGAACGUGGCCAUCCAAACAGCAACGGCCACCCAGCUGGAUGUGACGUGGGAGUCUCCUCCAUUGGACACUCAGAACGGAGACAUCCAGGGCUACAAGGUGUACUUCUGGGAGCUCCAGCGUAAGAACGAGACAGAAAGGCUGCGGACCCUGUUCUUGCCAGAGGGAGGGGUCAAGCUGAAGAACCUGACUGGAUACACCACCUACAUGAUAAGUGUGGCCCCCUUCAACGCAGCUGGGGACGGGCCCCGGAGCCCCCCGACCAGGGGCCGCACACAGCAGGCUGCCCCCAGCGCUCCCAGCUUCAUCCACUUCAGUGAGCUGACCACUACUUCAGUCAACGUGUCCUGGGGUGAGCCCACCUACCCCAACGGCAUCCUGGAGGGCUACCGGCUGGUCUACGAGCCCUGCACCCCUGUGGACGAGUCUACCGUGGCCUGUGCCGACUGUCUUCACUCCCCCUCCCCCCCAGGCGUCAGUAAGAUAGUGACGGUGGACGUCAAAGGGGCCCCGUUCUGGAUGAAGAUCAAGGAUCUGGCUGACGGGGUGACCUACAACUUCAGGAUCCGGGCAAAGACGUUCACCUAUGGGCCUGAGGUGGAGGCUAACAUCACCAUGGGGCCUGGGGAAGGAGCCCCCGGCCCCCCUGGAGAGCCCUUCAUCUCUCGCUACGGCUCAGCUCUGACCAUCCACUGGGCUAACGGUGACCCCGGGAGGUCGCCUAUCACACGCUACGUCAUCGAGGCCAGACCCUCAGAUGAAGGCUUGUGGGAUAUCUUGAUCAAGGACAUCCCAAAGGAAGUGACGUCAUACACCUUCAACAUGGACAUUCUGAAGCAAGGGGUUAGUUAUGACUUCCGGGUCAUUGGAGUGAACGACUACGGCUACGGAUCUCCUAGUCCACCCUCAGCCUCCAUAUCUGCCAAAAAGGUGGCACCGUUCUAUGAGGAGUGGUGGUUCCUUGUGGUGGUGGCUCUCGUGGGACUCAUCUUCAUCCUUCUACUGGUCUUCAUCCUUAUCAUCAGAGGACAGAGCAAGAAGUACGCCAAGAAAUCUGAAUCAGUGUCUCCCUAUGUGUGUUCAUCAGGGAACAACUCUAACUGUAAUGCCCUGACCCAUGGAGAUAUGGUCAGCCUGGACGAGGGACGCUUCCCCGCCCUGGAACUCAACAACCGCCGGCUGUCCGUCAAGAACUCUUUCUGCCGUAAGAACGGCGUCUACACCAGGUCUCCUCCUCGGCCCAGCCCAGGCAGUCUAAACUACUCUGAUGAGGAUUUGAGCACCACCAAGUACAACGAUCUGAUCCCAGCUGAGACCAGCAGCCUGACCGAGAAACCAUCUGAGAUAUCAGACUCUCAGGUACCAACAGGCAGUGACAGUGAGUAUGAGGUGGACCAGAACAGACAGAAGACCCACUCUUUCGUGAGCCACUACAUCAGUGACCCAACCUACUACAACUCCUGGCGCCGCCAACAGAAAGGCAUUUCCAGGGCUCAAGCCUACAGCUACACUGAGUCAGAGUCGGGCGACCCAGAGCCCUGCGCCCCGCCACCACCCCUGCCCCCAUUGCCACCCCAGCUCACCUCCACCACCCCUCCUCUUAAGCUCCAGACCCAGGGUCAAGCCCAGGGCCAACCCCAGGGCCUCCCACCCCAGGGCCAAGGUAGUCUCUUCAGGCCUAAAGGCAGCCGGACUCCCACCCCCUCUCAGCAGCUCUCCACCUCCACCCCCUCCAGCCACUCCAACACCCUGUCCUACUGGCCCCCCAGCAGCCCCAGCCCCGCCCCUGGAUCUCGGGCCCCAAUUGCCGGGUUCUCUUCCUUCGUUUGAUGCAAAGAGAGGGAUCCGUGCUCCCUUCUGAAAACAAAGCCCACCCCGCCGCCCAAUGUGUGUUUGUUUAGAGAGUAAACACAAAACACACAACAAACAAACCCUCAAAGUCUAUCAUUUUCAUUUUGGUUUCUGUCAUGGCUGGUGUUAUUCAAAACAAUUAUUGCUUGUAUUUCUAUUUUCUUUUUAUUGCUGAGUUAUGUUUUAACGAACAUACUGUAUAGACAGGACAGAAGUUACAUACUUUCUUUCAGUACUUUUUUCCUCUUGUGUGCGUGUGCUGGUAUAGUUUUAUUUUCAUUUUUUAAUGACGACAGCUACUGAGACAGCUCCUUAGAACAUGAUAGUAUCUAUUUGCUUUUCUGUUAGUGUUGCUGCUUGAUCAAGUUGCAUGAGUUUUUUCUUUAAAUAUUAUUUAUUUUUAUUUUUCAUUGUUACACUUCUACACACAUUCAACAAGAGAAUAAUCUAGUUAGGUUCUGUAAAAAGUCAAGAUAUUCUUGUAAAAAAAUAUCUAGAAGACGAUAAAAGUGUCAUGGCGUCGAUCCACACUCGGAUAACAAGCACCAAGUGGGAUCCCAAAAUGGAGCCAUACUAGCGAAUUUGAAUGAUAGAGAGGCACAGGGUAUAGAAAGGACAAAGUGAUGAAAGUGAAAAACGAGGAGGGGGGGAAUUGAGGCCGAAAUGAGCCCACCGUUAUUCUGGUGGUUUUGAGAUGCCGGGGCCUGUCCAAUUUGGCCAAAGGAAGUUUCUGUCUUCAUGUGAGACAUGUUAGUGACCUCUGCCCAAAGAUCUAUGGACCAUGACUCUCCUUGGAAUCAGCUCUCUGGCGUGGCAUAGCCUAUAGCACAUGCACAAUUGAGUCUGACAGCAUUUCGAUGUCACAGGCAAGUCACAUCUCUGUGCCUCUGUGCUGUACGUACUAUACAAGGGCCCGGUCACCUGGCCAGGGAGGAGAUGGGAAAUGAAGUGAAAUGUACUAUAUGUCUAAAGAGAAAAUGUUCAGGUUGGUCUUCAAGUUUUGUUUUUCAAUGUCCUUCAGUGUAUCGGACAUGCAUUGAUUGAUUAUAAAUAGGGAUGAAUAUUUUCCGUAAAAUCUACCACUUUUCCUUCCCGACAAAAUUACAAGCCCUUCCCGGGAAUCCUGUUAUUCCCGUUCAAACCGGAAAUGCUAUUUUAAAGCAUAUAUUACCAGCAAAAAAUCAGACAGAGUUAUACCACUGUAAAUUGAUAAAUAUACACAGGAAUCUCACAGUUACUUGUUGUAUUUGUUGCAAUUAAACAAGUUCUCAGUCAAUACACUAAGUAUGUGAACCCUUUGGAAUUACCUGGAUUUCUGCAUAAAUUGGUCUUAACAUCUGAUCUUCAUCUAAAUCACAACAAUAGACAAACACAGCCUGCUUAAACUAAUAACACACAAACAAUUACACGUUUUAACGUCUUUAUUUAAGACACCGUGUAAACAAUCACAUCCUUUGGCAACAAUAAACCCAACCAAACGUUUUCUGUAGUUGCGGAUCAGACCUGCACAACGGUCAGAAGACAUCUUGGACCAUUCCUCUUCACAAAACUGUUUCAGUUCAGCAAUAUUCUUGGGAUGUCUGAUGUGAACCGCUCUCUUGAGGUCAUGCCACAGCAUUUCAUUUGAGUUGAGGUCAGGACUCUGACUGGGCCACUCCAGAAAGCUUGUUUUCUUCUGUUGAAGCCAUUCUGUUGUUGAUUUACUUCUGUGUUUUGGGUCGUUGUCCUGUUGCAUCACCCAACUUAUGUUGAGCUUCAAUUGGCGGACAAAUAGCCUUACAAUCUCCUGCAAAAUGUUUUGAUAAACUUGGGAAUUCAUUUUUCCGUCGAUGAUAGCAAGUUGUCCAGGCUCUGAGGCAGCAAAGCAGCCCCAAAACAUGAUGCUCCCUCCACCAUACUUUACAGUUGGGAUGAGGUUUUGAUGUUGGUGUGCAGUGCCUUUUUUUCUCCACACAUAGUGUUGUGUGUUCCUUCCAAACAACUCAACUUUAGUUUCAUAUGUCCACAGAAUAUUUUGCCAGUAGCGCUGUGGAACAUCUAGGUGCUCUUUUGCGAACUUCAGAUGUUCAGCAAUGUUGUUUUUGGAGAGCAGUGGCUUCUUUCGUGGUGUCCUCCCAUGAACACAUUCUUGUUUGGUGUUAUAUGUAUCGUAGACUCGUCAACAGAGAUGUUAGCAUGUUCCAGAGACUUCUGUAAGUCUUUAGCUGACACUAGAAUUAUUCUUAACCUCAUUGAGCAUUCUGCGCUGUGCUCUUGCAGUCAUAUUUGCAGGACGGCUACUAAUAGGGAGAGUAGACAAUUUGUCUAACCGUGAACUGAUGAACGUCAAGGCUUUUAGAGAUACUUUUGUAACCCUUUCCAGCUUUAUGCAAGUCAACAAUUCUUAAUCUUAUGUCUUCUGAGAUCUCUUUUGUUCAAGGCAUGGUUCACAUCAGGCAAUGCUUCUUGUGAAUAGCAAACUCACAUUUUUAUAGGGCAGGGCAGCUCUAACCAACAUCUCCAAUCUCGUCUCAUUGAUUGGCCUCCAGAUUAGCUGACUCCUGAUUCCAAUUAGCUUCUGGAGAAGUCAUUAGUCUCGGGCUUCACAUACUUUUUUCCAACCUACACUGUGAAAGUUUACAUGAUGUAUUCAAUAUCGACAAGAAAAAUACAAUCAUUUGUAUGCUAUUAGAUUAAGCACACAGUGUUUGUCUAUUGCCGUGACUUAGAUGAAUGACCAAUUUAUCCAGGUAAUUCUAAAGGUUUCACAUACUGUUUGACACUGUAUUUUAGUUGUAAUAUAGGCCAAUGAAGCACUGUUGGCCUACUGGUAAAAAUGUUAUGAGCUUAUACAGCCUAGUGAAAAUUAUAUUCAUUUUAGCCUACCAUUUACUGAAAGAUUUCAGCCAGCUUGUUGUUCCUUCCCUCUCCCCUUGUACCUGGCUAUCAGUGGAUUGCAGGAAGGUUGUGGCUGUUUUUACUUCAUGGUAAUCUGCUUAUUGUGGUGACUUGGUCUCAGGGAACAUAUCUGAUGCUGCACUAAACAAACAGAUAAGCAAAUGGCCGCAAUAGCGGCGGAGAUUCAGCACCAUGGACGGAGCCGCAGUUUAUAAAUUGCCCGCAAAUCUGACUUUAAAGCCCGUGACCUCGCUUUUGUUAGUGUAACAUCAUGGGAUAACAUUGCAAAUGUCUAUUUCCUCUUGAGCGCUAUUGCAGAAACAAUGUAUCAGUCGUUUUGUUAACCGUGAGAAGCAGUUUAUAUUUUGGAGCUUCUGCCAGUGCCACACAGCUAAAGUUAGGAGAUUUGUGAAUGUGAGAUGGAGACUGCCUACCAUAACUACGUUGAGAGGUCGCGUGUAGCCUGCUACAGUUUCAUGAUAGUCAACAAUGCCCGUUAAAAAUUAAAAGGCAUUUAUUGGGGACUUGUGUUGAGUAGACUAAAUUGGUAGGCUGCUUGUGUUGUGAUCCCUAGACUAAUGUGUGAAUGAAGUUGGAUAGUUAAAAUCCAUUUCAUGCAGAUAUUCGCACAUGACUAUUUUGUAUUCUUCCAAAGAAAUGAUAUAUUAUUGUUCCAGUGAUCGUAAUUUUUCUUCUCGAGAAUCGGGAAGGAGCUUGGUCGGGAAAUCCUGGGAUCCCGGAUUCCUGUGUUAAUCCCUAAUUAUAACAUAGUUAUUGUGAGAUCUGACACCACUUAAGAAUACAGACUGCUGAAUGGGACCUUACCAGGGUCUGCGGCACAAAUGACAACCAAUUCCCUACAUAAAUAAAUAGUGCAUAAAAUAGUGCACAUCCCAAAUGUUAUUACUACUACAGGGGCUCAUCAGCCACUAUGAGCCUUCCCUUGAUCUGACAGGUGGUGGGUGGGAAGACAUCUAAAAGCUCUACCUACCCUGAUGACCUAACCUACCCUGUGGAGUCACGACUCACUCACAACCCUCAUCAACAGACCGCCACCGCACAUGCCCAGUGGCCCACAACAACAACAUCAGACAGUGACAUUGUCCCGCUUCCACAUCAAACUAUAAAGAGUGGAAGUUAUAAAAACACAGCCAGCAUCUUAAGUGUUCUUGGAGUUCAAUGGUUCCUACAUGCGGGCACACAGAGAGUAGCAGGCUCAGACACUGGGGCCAUUUUUAAAAACAGACAGAAAAUAGACAGUUCCGCUGGUCUCCACAGAGUUUUCAAACCCAGAGUAGAUUCAAGGCAAGGUCUUAGCAUGUCAUUACUCCCACCCUGUGAAGGUGAUACUGACACUUUUUAUUUUAGUCAAAAAACUACUUUAUAUCGAAGGGGUGUUUCUGAUUUGACACCCCGCACGUGAGCAUAGCUAGCUAACGUCGCCAUGACAUCGCCGACAAACGUGAUCGGGGAUUUCUAUUGGAAGAGCCGUUUCUGGAGCUCUUCAUCUACAGGCCCUUUGGGAUCUCUCUCAUUUGGCUCAGGUGCUGCUCUCUGUUAGUGACAUCAUCAUGGGAAGUCUUUGAGCUCACGCAAAGAGAUGUCAUGGAAUGGAUUCACCUCUCUCUCUCACGUUGUGUAACAAUGAUGAUGAUGAGGAUGAAGAUGAUGAUGAGCGAAAGGCACAAUGCAGGUGUGACUGACUGUAAGUCCUACUUGAAUAUGAGACUAUUGUCUGUGCUGAUGUGUGAUUAUUGAUGAUAACACUUCUUCAACAUUAGCAUUAUCCACUGUGUGUCUGGAUACAAGAGACUGUACAGGAUGCCCAGGAGAAGAAGAGGGAGGGCAGGUAGGCACUGCCCACCUGGUGCCUGCCCUCCAUGGCCAGCUGAAAAGUCACAUACAUACAAGUACAGACUCAGUGUUGGUAAAGUCACAGUUUUAUCAUAAUUCGAAAAUUCUCAUCUGCUUUUUUCUCUGUGGGGUGUUUUCACUGUACGCAAAAUAAGCCUAUCAUUAUACUGAAUCUGAAUGGAUAUAUGAUCACGAUACAUUUCCAAAAUAAAUUAUUUUUCAAUGGG